UGGCCUGCACCGCACGCAGUCCCGGAAUAAACGCGGCCUCCUAAUUAAAAUUUACGUCAACCCGCUGUCAAAAAGUCAACCGAACAAAUAACUGCGGACCUAAUUAACAACGCGACCGCGAAGUUUUAAUAUAAUUUUGCUAACUCGCGCGCGUGGAAGUGAUUGUUUGCCGCACUUUUGAACAAGUUUGAAGAUUGGAAACUUUUGGAUAUGAAAAUGAUUGCUACGUAGUGUUUUGAAUGGUACUAGAAAUGAAAAUGUGAAUGGAACGCUAUGCGGCUGACACACUCAAAACAAAUGACAUUAUGUGAGUUUGUGUAACAUAUUAUACCAACAAUACGUGUAAUACAAAAAGUGACAAAGUGCUAUAUGGGAUUUUUUUUGAGGGAUAGAAAGCAGGUGGAAUGGAGGUGAUUCCUUCGACCGGCAGCCGCAUUUUGGUGGCGUUUUUUGCUACUGUCUUUUGGGGAAUGGGUGUGCGGGGUCUACACAACCUGGAGAUAAACGUUCCCAGCGCGGUGUUAGUCGGGGAGACAGUUACCUUGGAGUGCAGCUGGCAACUGGAAGACGAAGAAGCACUGUACAGUGUGAAAUGGUACAGGGGAAGGGAAGAGUUCUACAGAUACAUCCCCAAGGAACUACCCCAUACGCGCGUGUUCCCGCUGCCUGGAAUAGAAGUUGAUAUUUCGCGGUCAGGCGCUCGUCGGGUAGUCCUGCAGCAGGCCACUCCCGCCAUGGCGGGACGGUUUCGAUGCGAGGUGUCAGCUGACGCCCCCACCUUCCAUACUGAAAUCCGCUCGGCUCCUCUUGAAGUUGUCGAGCCUCCAGAAUGGGGACCAAAGCUGGUUUCAGACAGGUCGUGGUACGGUGUGGGGUCUACUCUCCGAGCCACCUGCGCCUCGCCCCCCUCCCACCCCCCGGCUAAUCUCACCUUCGCUCUUAAUGGCCGAGAGAUCGACAUAGAAUCUAUGGUGAACGAACUGCCAAACUGGUUCAAAUGGGACCCGCCGCCGAAAGCGGAGACCACUACAACAGACCUUCCCGAAGACGACUUGAACUUCAACAUAUUCCAUGAUGACAGCAACGUCCAGUACUUAGACGAGUCUUACAUCAACUUACACAAGGAGGAGAUAAGGCGGCCUCAAAAGGAGAGUCCCAAGUUGGUGUUUGAGAGAACAGGACCGGAUAACAGGCUGCCGACAGUGGGGGAAGUUUCCUUUGUAGUGAGGAAUGAGGCGUUUGAGCGAGGGAGCCUGAGGCUGACCUGUAUAGCGAGCAUAUACAACUUGCACGCGGCCCGAGCCGAAUUAAUUUUCGAUAUGGAGCAGCCAGAAGUUGCUUCUGUGUUGGGAGUCCGUAAUAGUGCCGUAGAUCCAUCUUCGUGUAGUUGGCGAAUAGCAGCGUCUUUGGUGCCAUUUUUGUACAACAUUCGGUAGUUUAUUUAUCUUAAUUCAUUUAUAAGUACAAAUAAUGUAAUUCCUCGUAAAUUUUGUAUAAAGUACGUACUCAUUUUGUACAAAUACAUAGAACAUAUCCAAACGUAUGAAUAUUCUGUUGUUGUCAUGAGAAUCUUGUGAAAUUUCAUCCAAGCAUUUCACCUGUUUAAGCAGACUUGUGUGCGAUUUUCUCGUUGUUAACUGUUGUUAAAUCUUAACAGGUAUUUCUUCAUCAAAAAUGGUUUUGUUUAGAAGAAAAUAGAUAUAAUUUCGUGAAGCAGCUAACUGAAAAAUUGUCAAAGCUGUCUGCUUAAACUUAUCGUAGAAAUAAUUGUGAGACGCAUUAGUCGUAGGUCAAACUGGCCAAAAUGUAGAUUUAAAUCUAGGGAGUCAUUUGUUUUAAAAAAUAAAACGCAAAGCGUUUACGUGAAUCUUCAAUAUAAGUCCAAAGAUAUUAUUAUACAGUCAGGGAAUUUAAAAUGUUGUUUCAAAGAGUUCAUAAUCUUAUAAAUUUAGAUGAUGAUUAAACGUAUUUGAAUGUGAUAAGAUUCUUAUUUUAAAUUAUUUAUCAAGAGAUUUGCCUGCGUUUCAUUGCAAGAUUUAUUUGAUCACUCAGAGAGGGAUAUUAAAGUUGAUUUCUUUAGGCACAAAAUAUAAAGGAAAACAAUAUUUAAAUAUCUUUUAAUCUUCAAAUACAUUUGUAAGAUAAAAUAUUGUACAUAGCAAACUUAAUUCAAUAUGACGUUAUAUUAUUUCAUUUUACUUUUUAGUCGCAUGGUUAUAAUUAAUUUCAACAAUAUUAUUUUCCAACAAAAAGAUGUAGCAAGGUUAUUUACCUUUAUAUCUAUAGCUAAAGAAAUGAACUUUACAGAAGUUAUGAUUAGUGCAAAUUCUACCCUUGAGAAAGACUGAUAUAUUGUUUAUAACGUUUUUACUGUGUGGCCAUCGAGGUGCGGUGUUACUGUAUAAAUUCUUCUAACAAAUUGUUCUGUCUUAAAAUAUGUAUCUCGUUUCAAAAUAUAUUUUAUUAGUUGUUCGAAUAUCUAUGCGUUUGAAAUCUAAUAUGAAAU